UGAAACUUGUCAAUACAGAUCAGUGACAGGACUUGUGUCAUCAACAGCCAUGGAUUCCUUUUCAGAUCGCUUACAUGAUCCACUUCUGUUUUUGAACUCAGACAAAAGUGAUUUGGAUGCAUUCCUAAUGAACACCAGUUCUGACAUGGUUCAUAUGGGUGAGGAAAUGCAUGGAAAUAUUUCUGAUAUGAAGAUGGACAACAGCCUUGACCUGGAUUCUUUAGAAGGUCAUGGUCAUCUGGGGGAUAUGAACUGGCUUCAUAACUCCUCAUUGUCUAACCUUGCACAUCUUGACAGCGACGACACAUCUGAUGGCAAUUUAAUAUCUGUGAAUCCACAGUCAGUACUUCCAAUCCAUAUAAUCCAUAAUGAAAGCACACAGAACCUUUUAUCGUCAGAAACUGCCAACAGUGCGGCCAUGCGUCUGCAUGCUAAUUGCAGCAACCUUCUCAACUCCCCUGAGGCAGACAGUCCGCAGCACUCUCAGGUGUCCAGCCAUGAGUCCAUCCUCGGUCAAGAUCACCAGACCAUUUGUAUUCUUUCUGUAGCCAGUCAGAACAACUUGCAUAAUUCCCCGGCCAAGACUCAGAAUUUUCUGAUCACCUCAUCAAGGGACUCUCCUCAUAAGUCACAGACCUUUGUUCUCAGCACUGCCCAUGGAGGUUGUCCAGGAGGUCUGACUAUAACAACAGCCAGUUCGCCAAUGGGCUCACAGUUUGUCUUGUCGCCACAGAAAGUUCAUGCUGUCACAAAAGAAAAGAGUGGCCGAGUCCUUCUGAAAUCUGGCAACAACUUCUUGUCGCCGUCUCAAGCUUCACCAGUCUUGCUUGGUCGGCUUCAGACGGGAGUCCAGUCUCAGGUGUUCCCAAAUAGCCAAAUUGCUCCAAGCAUGAUCUCUUCCAUGACACAAAUGCAGCAUUCAGACUCUACCGUAGUCAGCUCAACAACAAACACAGAAGAAAGGACAUACCCUAAACCAGUGUUUUCCUACAGCUGCCUCAUCGCCUUAGCUUUGAAAAACAGCAAGGAUGGUAACCUUCCCGUGAGUGAGAUCUACAGUUUUAUGUGUGAAAACUUCCCAUACUUCAAGACAGCUCCUGAUGGUUGGAAGAAUUCAGUUCGUCACAAUCUGUCUCUGAAUAAAUGCUUUGCCAAAGUUGACAACCCAAAGCUUAGUCAAGGAGCAAAGAAAGGAUGCUUAUGGGCCUUGAAUCCUGCAAAAGUGACCAAAAUGGAGGAUGAGAUUACUAAAUGGGGGAAAAAGGAUCCUGCAGGACUGUUGAGCAGCAUGGCAUAUCCAGAAAAUCUUGAAGCUAUUGAAAAAGGACAAGCAGGAUUACACUACAGCAAACAGAAAGCCCAAGAUUUUACGCCUUGCACGCCUAAUAAAGCUGACGGCACCCCUAUGAAAGUAGACUUGUCUCGCAUACAACAAACUGCAGACUGUUCUCCUCAGAUCAGAAUUGAGAGGUAUAAUACACAUUCACACAUGGAGAGGUCCGACAUGGGAACUCCCAUGAAAGUUGAGUUUUCUCCAACGGUAGUCAGAGACAUCUCACAUGUGUUCAGACAAGAUUACUCAACACCCAACUCCAAACACCAGAUGUUUGCAAAAAUUGAUCACACCGAUCUCAGUUUUCUAGAAGUGCCUGUUAGCCUGAACAACGACGCUCUGGCUGAUAUAGUUUUACAGAGUUCCGUGUGGGACGACUUGGAAAACAAUAUAGACAUUGAUCUCAUCUGUGAUUUACCGUCUUCCCACUCUGCCCAGUCAUCACAUUCCCCACUGACGGCGCGGUCGUCACCGAAUCCAUCACAAUAUGCACAGAGUUCAGGCAACUACAGCCCAUCCGUCCAUCCAUUUUACAGAAAUGUACUAAACAAUAGUCCAGUCCAGCAUGUCAGUCCAUCCGCUGCAGCCGUGAGGACCAGCUUAUUUGGCACAUCAACUCCUACUCGAAGAACUCUGUAUGCAUAA